AUGGCUCUGGCUGGACAAAUCGCGAUUGUCACAGGCGCUUCGCGAGGGAUAGGUCGAGGGAUUGCGUUGCAGUUGGGGACAGCUGGUGCUACAGUGUAUGUCACUGGUCGGAAGCCAUCACAGAGCGAUUCAUCCAGAGACCAGUCACUUCCUGGCUUAGAAAAAACAGCAAGAGAAGUAAGCGAACGAGGCGGAAAGGGAAUCGCGUCAUACGUUGACCAUUCGAACAUGGAUGAGGUCAAGGAAUUCUUUGAGAGAAUCGAACGCGACGAAAAUGGCCGACUGGACAUUCUUGUAAACAACGCUUACUCUGCUGUAAAGAAUAUCUUUGAAGCACAAGGAAAACCCUUCUACGAAUGUCCACCUGAGAUGUGGGACCAAACCAACAAUGUUGGGUUAAGGAAUCACUAUUAUUGCUCAGUAUAUGCUGCUCGAAUGAUGGUUAGAAAUGGUAGUGGUCUCAUCGUGAAUAUAAGCUCGGCUGGUGGAUUAAGAUAUUUGUUCAAUGUUCCCUACGGUGUUGGAAAACAGGCUCUCGACAGAAUGGCAUCUGAUAUGGCUGAAGAAUUAAAGAAAAAGAAUGUGUGCGUGGUCUCAAUUUGGCCAGGUGCAGUACGAACUGAGUUUAUUACCAACAGUUAUUUUCCUCAGGUAACUGAGAUGUUCGAACAAGGUGAAACGCCCGAGUAUCCGGGCAAAGCUGUUGUAGCUUUAGCCAGUGAUGGUCGACGAAUGGAGAAAACUGGGCGAAUACUAAUUACCGAAGAUUUGGGAAAGGAAUACGGAUUCAAAGAUAUCGAUGGUCGAGAACCACCAAACCUUCGCAGUAUCACAUUUCUGCUAUUGCGUGGCGGUCACAACCAGCUCGCACAGUGGGUACCGUCGUGGCUGAAGGUACCUGGAUGGUUCUUAUGGGGAAGUACUAGCCGGCUAUGA